CACUGAGUUGGUAAACCAUGGAUAUGCUGAAGGCUGAGGAAAAGCGAUGGCUUGUGGUUGGAAUUUGCCUUUCAAAAGUUCUUACACCUGCAAUGAGGAGGGUUAUUGGGCAAGAAAUGCAUCAGUUGUAUCAGAACAUGGUUCUUCCACCAACAUGCAUUCAUUCACAAACAUUGUCUUCUUAUCUUAAAAGACUUCCACCUUCUACUGUGCGCCUUAAUUAUGUGAACAUCAACAACAAUGCAACACAAUCAUCUUAUCACAGCUAUGAUUACUGUGUUAAAGAUGAACUGUCAUUAGCUAAACUGUUUGUGAAGCCAUUCAUGUCUAGUUUUACAGGUUUUGAUGAAACAUUGGAUUCAUCUGCAGCACUCUCUAUUUUAUGUGUAGCACCAAACUUUGUUUAUGAUGGAAUUAAUAUUAUUGCAAGUGAUGUACGUGAUUUGGUUCGUAAUGAAUGGGGCCAUUGUAAGUUUGCAACUUGGACUGAAGCUUAUUACCAGAACUGUUUUCAGCUUAUGGAAAGCCUUCCACCUUCUACUGUGCGCCUUAAUUAUGUGAACAUCAACAACAAUGCAACACAAUCAUCUUACCACAGCUAUGAUUACUGUGUUAAAGAUGAACUGUCAUUAGCAAAACUGUUUGUGAAGCCAUUCAUGUCGGGUUUCACAGGUUUUGAUGAAACAUUGGAUUUAUCUGCAGCACUCUCUAUUUUAUGUGUAGCACCAAACUUUGUAUGUCAUGGAAUUGACAUUAUCGCAACACUCUUUUGGAAAAUUGUGGUGGUUAUUCUCCUCGUUGGGAUUGUGAUCUUUCUGUAUCAGCACUUCACCCGCGGAACUAAGCUUCGCUACUGGUAUUGUAACUGUGGCUGUAUACCAGGCCAUAAGCUUUCGUUUGUUUACAAGACAUUUGACAGACAGACGCCAAAGGUAAAUGGAAUAGAGUUUGAUUGGGAGAAGUUAAGAAACAAACUGGGUUUGACAUUUGAAGCCAUGGAUCGUCCAG